CAUUACCUUAUAUGGUCUUGCUUACAAACAAAACAAAAAUGGCGGCCAGUUCUGACAGAGGUGAACAUGAACUUGAUUCAACCAUAUCUGUUAAAAGGAGGAAAACAGACCCUGAGAGUAAUAUUUGUGAGGAACUGCUGAAACUUGAAGAAGAGUUGUGUCAACAACUGUCCUCUCUCAAUUUUCCCUCUCCGGUAUCGUUCGUUUAUAACCCACUUGAGUAUGCCAAAGAAACCCACGAAGAUUACGUUAGGAAGUACUGCAAGGUUGGACAAAAUGUCCUCUUCCUGGGAAUGAAUCCCGGUCCAUUUGGAAUGGCACAAAACGGGGUGCCUUUUGGAGAUACAGCACACGUCAAGGACUGGCUUAAAAUUAAAGGAUGUGUCAAUAAACCCAAAAGAGAACAUCCAAAAAGACUUAUUCAUGGCUUGGACUGUACAAGAACUGAAGUCAGUGGAGGUCGGCUUUGGGGUUUCUUCAAAGAACACAGCAAAUCACCUGAGAAUUUUUUCCACCAAUGUUUCAUUCAUAACUAUUGUCCCCUUGUGUUCAUGACAUCAAGCGGCAAAAACAUUACUCCUCCUCAACUGCCCAAAGGUGAAAGACAACGACUGCUCAAACUUUGUGAUAAAUCUCUUGUAGAUGUUGUGAAGUUAACUGAUGUUAAGAUUGUUGUGGGAGUUGGAAAGUUUGCAGAGGAAAGAGCUCGCAAAGCUUUAAUUGACUGUGAAGUUGAAAUUUUUUCAAUAAUGCAUCCCAGCCCAGCCAGCCCAGCAGCUAAUGCUGGGUGGAGUGACAUUGUUUUGACACAGCUCACAGAUUUGGGGCUCAUGGGUUACAUUAAGAAUGAAAAUAAAAGAUAGGGCUGCACAACCUGGUGGCUUGUUUUUAAGGUUCCAAGUAUUUACAUGUACCUUAUGAAAAAUCCAGGUCUAACAAAGAUGGCUGACGGUGUGCUCUGUUUGGAGUUUACUCAUUAGAGCAGUAAAGAGUUGCAAAACACCCCAAACAAGAGAACUGCUGAAAGGCUGAUGGACUUCCUGAUUGUGUGUACUGUUUUGGUUGUAAUGAAAAUAUAUACUUUUGUUAUAUCACAUUAAAUUUUGUUGCCCAACAGAAUCAUCACAUUCUGCCAAUGCUAUGGUGUUAUUCUCUGCUUAUGAUACUCAAACAGUAAGGCUUUGCUCAAAAGGACUGCCAUCAGUGAAUCGUCAAACUCACAGCAAUUUGCUACAUGGGAGGCACACCUCCAGACUCCUCUCCACAGAGGGACACUUCCCUGUGACCUUCCCCAAAUGCUGCCACGCCCUGCACUGAAUGGGCAAUGCUUAGGCUACCAGUACAUUUCUAAGAAUCAACAAAUUUUGACUUGGCUCCCAGGCUUGGAGGAAUUAACCAAAACAAAUCACAUCAAGGGUGAGGGAUGAAAAAUUUAUUUCUUUUGUGUUAUUCCCCCAAGCCUCAGAGCCAAGUUAGAAUUUCCAAUA